AUGGUGGUUGGUAAGAACAAGCGUCUUAAUAAAGAUGGCAAAAAGGGAGCCAAGAAGAAGGUAAUUGAUCCAUUUUCUAAGAAAGAUUGCUAUGAUGUGAAAGCACCUGCUAUGUUUAAUGUAAGAAAUAUUGGAAGGACACUAGUCACCAGGACCCAAGGAACCAAAAUUGUAUCUGAUGGCCUCAAGGGUCAUAUGAAGUGA